AUGCGCACAUCGCCUCCAGCCGAUUUGGUCCUUCCGGCGCGCUGUCGGGGGAAUCCGCCGGUUGCCAUGACGACCCGAGAGCGCUGAGGGCCGGCGGCGGCGGCGGCGGCGUGGACCCGGGUUCCGGGACCCAGCGCCAUGUCGUUCCGCGACCUCCGCAACUUCACCGAGAUGAUGAGGGCGCUGGGCUACCCGCGCCACAUCUCCAUGGAGAAUUUCCGCACACCCAAUUUUUUUCUGGUCUCCGAAGUGCUUCUCUGGCUUGUGAAAAGGUACGAACCCCAGACCGACAUUCCUUCUGAGUUGGAGACCGAGCAAGACCGAGUUUUCUUCAUUAAGGCCAUUGCCCAAUUCAUGGCCACCAAAGCACAUAUCAAGCUCAACACUAAGAAGCUCUACCAGGCAGAUGGGUACGCAGUGAAGGAGCUGCUGAAGAUCACCUCUGUCCUCUAUAACGCCAUGAAGACCAGAGGGAUGGAAGGCUUUCGAGUCCAGGAGGACGACGGAGGCAAAUUCAAGUUUGAUCUUGGCUCAAAGAUAGCAGAUCUGAAAGCAGCCAGGCAGCUUGCUUCAGAAAUCACCUCCAAGGGAGCCUCACUGUACGAUCUCCUGGGCAAGGAGGUGGAGCUCAGGGAACUGAGAACAGAAGCAAUUGCCAGGCCUCUGGAAAUAAAUGAGACUGAGAAAGUGAUGAGAAUUGCAAUAAAAGAUAUUUUGGUGCAGGUUCAGAAGACCCGAGACCUGCUCAACAACGUGGCCUCUGAUGAAGCUAAUCUAGAAGCCAAAAUUGAGAAGAGAAAAUUGGAACUGGAAAGAAACCGGAAGCGACUCCAGACGCUUCAGAGUGUCAGGCCGGCCUUUAUGGACGAGUACGAGAAGAUUGAGGAGGAGCUGCAGAAGCAAUAUGACAUCUAUCUAGAGAAGUUCCGCAACCUGACGUACCUGGAGCAGCAGCUUGAGGAUCACCACAGGCUGGAACAGGAGCGAUUCGAGGAAGCGGAAAACACUCUCCGGCUGAUGCAGAACAAACUUAAGGAAGAGGAGAAGCGUCUGCUCAAGAGUGGGAGUAACGAGGACUCAGACAUUGACAUCCGGGAGAAUGACGACUCUGACAGUGAACUAGAGGAGCGGCAUCUGUCCAAGCCUCAGACAGCCAUGGAGAUGCUCAUGCAAGGAAGACCCAGCAAACGCAUCGUGGGCACCAUGCGUGGCGGUGACUCUGAUGAUGAGGAUGACUCGGAAGACAGUGAGAUUGACAUGGAAGAUGACGAGGAGGACGAGGAUGAUCUGGAAGAUGAGAGCCUGGCACUCUCCCCGGCGAAGCCCAACCGGAGGGUCCGAAAACCUGAGCCUUUGGACGAGAGCGACAAUGACUUCUGACCUGCCGAGGGCCGCAGGCAGAGGAGAGUCCUCAGAUCCGUAGGUAGACGGGGCCACUAGGAGGUUCAUGAGGGAGGAAGCCCUUUGCUUGCUCAGCUGGUGGGACUUGCUGUCAAUGAAGCCUCCCUGUCAGCCUCAUGCUGCCUCCUGAGUCUCCUUCCACCUUAGCCGAGAACCCAGGACACCCCAAAGAGGAGGCUUUCCUGGACUUUUCACCUCCUAAGACUACGGAAGUGAGUGUGUUCUUGUUCUUAGUCAUUCACUCCCAUGGGCACAGAGCUCCAGGAGAAGGGUCAUCCCGGUGUGAAUCUGUGUGACUGCCUGUUGCCACUUGUCCCUCUGGCGACACUGUGUCCCUCUCCACCAGUCUCUGUACAGCUCACAGCUUCCCACACCGUGGCUUUCAGUUCUGCCCUUUAUUUUCAAUUCACAGUUUCAUUUCCACCCUCACUUGUGCCCACACCACCAAGUGUGUGUACUUACCAUGUAUUUUCCUAAUUGAGACUCUCUUUGAGUUAGCUAAGUUAAAUGAGAACCAGCAUCAUUCUUUGAAAGUCGAGCAGCAGAGCGGGCUCCAGAUGAUAGGUGCUCCACUGCUGUCUGCGGGCGGGUACUCAGAGCCCGGAAGGCACGGGGUAGAUUUAUCUGCUCCAGAGAAGUGAGCAGAGUGGGCUAGAGGCCCCCACCCACCCCCCCGCCAGGCAGGUGCUUUGUGUCUGAAUGUGGAACAUGCACACACAUAGCAGUUCUCACUUGCUUGUUAGAAAACUGCUGAAGUCACUUGCUCAUUAUUGAAUGUACCUGAUACCAUAUUUUCAUAUUAUUAAAUAAGUUUCACUUGGAA